AGUCAGACUGUGUGUGGAAGUCGAGCGGUGUGGCAGAGCAGCGGCGCGAAAGUGCAAAAAGAGUGAGACAGCGAGAGAAAGAAAGAAAGAGAGACAGAGCAAUGGAGAUGGAGGAAAGCUUUGAUGCAGAGGGCAGUUUUGAUGAUGCCUCCUGUCUGUCCCCUCAGAGCCCAGGGUCCACCUCCCCGGCCAGGAGGCAGAAUAAGGAGAAGGAGAUCAAGGAGACCAAAAUCACUAUCAAUUGCGUCACCUUCCCUGUGCCCACGUCUGCGCCGGAGCAGCAGCUUCUCAAGCCCAGUGAAUGGAGCUACUGCGACUAUUUCUGGGCUGAUAAGAGGGACCCUCAGGGGGCCACAGUGUCAGGGUUUGAGGUGCUGCUGCAGAAACAGCUGAAGGGGAAGCAGAUGCAGAAAGAGAUGGCAGAGUUCAUCAGAGAAAGGAUAAAAAUCGAAGAGGAAUAUGCCAAGAACCUUUCCAAACUCUCCAUGUUCCCAAUGGCAGCGCAAGAGGAAGGGACUCUUGGAGAAGCUUGGGCCCAACUGAAGAAGAGUCUAGCUGAUGAAGCCGAGGUCCAUCUCAAGUUCUCCUCAAAGCUCCAGAGUGAAGUCGAGAAGCCUUUACUGACCUUCAGAGGAGACAACUUUAAAAAAGACAUGAAGAAAUACGACCACCACAUCGCUGACCUGAGGAAGCAGCUGGUCAGCCGUUAUGCUGCUGUGGAGAAGGCACGGAAGGCUCUAGCGGACAGACAGAAGGAUCUUGAAGUGAAAACACAGCAGCUUGAGAUCAAAUUGAGCAACAAAACAGAGGAGGAUAUUAAGAAAGCCCGACGGAAAUCCACACAAGCAGGUCAGAGCAUCAAGGACCAAAUGACCAUGACAGACUCACGCACAGCCACAACACUGAGUGCUUCAGACUAUAACAGCACUGAGUUGGAGAGGUUGGAGGUGGAGCGGGUAGAGACGAUACAGCAGCUUCUGCAUCAGUACACCACACUGCGGCAUGAGACAGACAUGUUCAAUCAAAGUACGAUGGAGCCGGUGGACCAGCUCCUGCAGAGUGUGGAUCCUGCCAAAGACAGAGAGCUCUGGGUAAAGGAACACAAGACGGGGGAUCUGAGACCUGUGGACAUGGACAUCUAGACAAAAAACACUCACACACACACACACACACACACACACGCAUUAUACUAUAUGAAUCUACCUGCAUGCCUGUCUACCUGAGUACUUCAACCUCUCAGCCAAAGCCAUACAGGUAUCACCCCUUGAAGCACUGCUUGUUUUGUGGAUUUCCACUGAAAAUAUUAGAUAAUUACAAACUCAAAGCUUUAUAGAAGAUUUUCUUAAUGUCAUGUGGAACGAGUGGAGGGAAAGGACAGCAGCACAGCAGACGCAUUAUGAUACUGAGUAGCCAUCCAUAUAAUCCUGCAUGUCCUUUUAAUAAGAUGCUACUUAAGACUUCUCGUUAUGUCUAUUAUACAUUAACAUGAUUCAAGUAGUCGAGGCACCAUUGAUAUAGAUCUGAACAAACACUGUACAGUAAAACACCUCUUUGUUUAUUUGCCAAGUUUCAUCCAAUCAAUUUUUUUUAUCUUUUUGGUGUUGAAAUAGUGUACGCACAUUGAACUACACAGCUAGUUUGCAGAUAUUUACAGUUGCCUGGACUAAAGUGUGAGUCAGACGUGUAAAUGGACAGCUUCAGGAUGCCACAUAGGUGUUCAAAAACCUCAAAAAGGAUUAAUCCUUUUUAA